AUGGAUAAUAUCCAAAAGAGUCCGACUUUCGAAAUCACAUAUUGUAUUCAAUUUAUCGGCGGCAUGUGUUCACUCCUCGCUAUCUAUACGAUCGACAGUUUUGUCUCGAUACUCGUGCUGCACACAUGCUCGCAGCUCACAAAUCUGCGGAUGACAUUGAACAAUCUAGUGAACGAAUUAACUAAUGUUUCCACAUCUUCCUCGAGAAAAGACAUCUUUAGGAAAGGUUUAGCUGCAAUUGUUGUACGACAUGAGCAUCUCAUCAGGAAUGCAAAGACAAUUGACAACUGCUACAGCUCAUUAUUAUUUAUGAACGUAUCAUUCGCCAUUCUUCAAAUGUGUUUUAUAGCUUUUCAGAUUUUUACGAUGAUAACAGAUAAUGUAAAAAUAUCUAUGAUCAGAAUACUUUUUCUCUCAUCUUAUAUUACUUAUAUGAUGACACAUUUGUAUGCAUAUUGCUAUUCAUCUGAAAGACUUAUGGCAGAGAGCACCAAUAUGGCGUACGGUGUUUAUGAAUGCAACUGGUACGAUCUAUCAUCAAAAGACGCAAGAGACUUAAUGUUCAUUGUAUAUCGAUCUAAGAUAUCUCUUAAACUGACAGCUGGAAAAUUUGGCACCUUUUCAUUAGAGAUGUUUGGAUCACCUCAACGAAAUCUCGUUUACCGAAUAGAAACAAUUCAAAAGAGUCCGAACUAUGAAAUCACCUAUUUUAUUCAACUUUUCGGUGCAAUGUUCACAGCUUUCGCUAAUGGCAUUAUUGACAGCUUUAUCUCGAUGCUUGUGCUACAAGUGUGUGCGCAACUGAUAAAUCUGCGGACAAUGCUGAAUAAUUUAGUAAACAAAUUAGCCAACAAAUCUAUAUCAUCUUUGACAUUUAGGGAAGAUUUAGCUGCAAUCGUCGUACGACACGAUCAUCUCAUUAGGAGCGCAAAGAUAAUCGACGGCUGCUACAGCUCAGUGUUAUUUGUGCACGUGUUAUCUACUACUUUUCAGAUGUGUGUUAUAAUUUUUCAAGUUUUCACUCUUAGUGUUGUUCAGCUUAUAUUCAUAUUGCCACUCAGCAGAAAAACUGAUAACGGAGAUUUUGAAAACAUCAAUGGGAUACUUAUCAACGUUGCUAACAAUGAGAGAUUAAAGAAGAUACUAAAGGAAUGA